ACUCCCGAGCCUGAGCCCUCCGUGAAACCAAAGGAGACUGUUGUGCAAGAGGCAACUUCAAACAGUGACAUCCCGAAAGCUCCUAAACCUGAACCUCCUGUACCAGAGACUAAGGAAACUUCACCAGAACGUAAUUCAAAGAAGGAGAGAGAGAAGGAGAAGGAGAAGACUCGUCAGAGAUCCCCAACUCGGUCCAAGUCCAGGUCAAGAUCCCGAUCCCGUUCUCCAUCUCAUUCUCGACCCAGAAGGCGCCAUAGAUCACGGUCAAGAAGGCGACCCAGCCCGCGGCGCCGGCCAUCCCCGCGCAGGAGGAGCCCGCCCCGGAGAAUGCCACCCCCACCCAGGCACAGGAGGAGCAGAUCCCCCGUGAGGCGGAGAAGACGCUCCUCGGCCUCGCUGUCCGGCAGCAGCUCCUCGUCGUCGUCGUCGCGCUCCCGCUCUCCACCAAAGAAGCCUCCCAAGAGACCCGUGUCCAGCCCUCCCCGCAAAACGCGCCGGCUGUCGCCCUCGGCCAGUCCCCCCCGGCGCCGCCACCGGCCCUCGCCCCCCGGCAGCCCCCUGGGCAAACCGCGCCGCUCGCCCACGCCGCAGCAGUCCAACCGCGCCCGCAAGAGCCGCGGCUCCGUCUCACCCAGCAGGGCUUCAGCACCCAAACAUAAGAGUACUGAGAAAAGAGAAUCUCCUUCGCCAGCGCCCAAGCCCAGGAAAGCAGAAUUGUCGGAAUCAGAAGAAGACAAAGGAGGCAAAAUGGCUGCAGCAGAUUCUGUCCAACAGAGGCGCCAGUACAGGAGGCAAAAUCAACAGUCUUCAUCUGAUUCUGGUUCUUCAUCUUCCUCAGAGGAGGAGAGGCCCAAGAGGUCGAAUGUGAAGAACGGGGAGGUGGGCAGGCGCCGCCGGCACUCGCACUCGCGCAGCCCCUCGCCUUCGCCCCGCAAGCGCCAGAAGGAAUCCUCCCCCCGGAUGCAGAUGGAAAAGAGGUGGCAAUCACCAGUGAUGAAAAGCAGCAGGAGGAGGAGGAGCCCCUCGCCGCCCCCCGCGCGCCGGCGCCGCUCCCCUUCCCCGGCCCCGCCGCCCCGGCGUCGCCGCUCGCCGUCCCCGCCUCGCCGAAGGUCUCCAUCACCACCCCCGCGCAGACGUUCUCCCUCUCCACGGAGAUACUCCCCCCCGAUCCAGAGGCGAUAUUCCCCAUCUCCCCCUCCCAAGAGGAGAACAGCUUCUCCUCCUCCCCCUCCCAAAAGAAGGGCCUCCCCUUCCCCCCAGUCCAAGCGCAGAGUCUCCCACUCCCCACCGCCAAAACAGAGGAGCUCCCCUACUGCUAAACGGCGCUCCCCUUCCGUAUCUUCCAAGCACAGGAAGGGGUCUCCUCCCAGCAGAUCCAACAGGGAAACACGUUCUCCACCACAAAACAAAAGGCAUUCACCUUCACCACGGCCUCGAGCUUCCCACCCCUCCUCCAGCCCUCCGCCGCCGCGCCGGGGAGCGUCGGCGUCGCCGCAGAGGAGGCAGUCACCCUCACCCAGCACCAGGCCCAUCAGGAGGGUGUCCAGAACACCAGAACCCAAGAAAACAAAGGCUUCCACCCCCAGCCCCCGGCGCGUGUCCUCGUCCCGAUCUGCGUCAGGGUCACCUGAGACAGCUCCCAAAAAGCACCAAGGACCUGCAUCUCCUGCCCGGUCUCGCUCUCCUUCUGCAAACUGGUCACCUGCAAAAAAGGCCAAGAGCCCAACUCAGAGCCCAUCACCUGCCAGGAAUUCAGAUCAAGAAGGUGGUGGCAAGAAGAAGAAGAAAAAGAAGGAUAAGAAGCAUAAAAAGGAUAAAAAGCACAAGAAACACAAAAAGCAUAAGAAGGAGAAGGCAGCAGUGGCUGCAGCAGCUGCUACUGUGGCUGCACCAGACACCACCUCAGUACAGGAAGACCAGGAAGCAGAGACAGAACCCAAAAAGGAGACAGAGAGUGAACCCGAGGACAACCUGGAUGACCUAGAAAAGCACCUGCGGGAGAAGGCCCUGAGGUCCAUGAGGAAGGCGCAGGUGUCCCCCCCCUCCUAGGCCAACCCUUUGAUAUAAUGUACAUUUUAUUUGGUUUGUACUCAGAAUUCAAUUUCAAAUUGCUAAAUGUGUUUGAGCUUUAGAAUAUAACAUUUGUUGUAAUAAUUGCUAGGUUGAGGUUCACCAUGUACAAAGGGCAUGGAUUUACAUUACAAAAGGUGUCCACAGUGUACUAGUGACAUUCUUUCAUUGACAGCAUAAUUUCAUUUAGGGUGAGACUUCUUAGAAGCAGUAGGAAUUUGUUUUGGAGGUUUGAAACAUGACUGUCAGUUCCCUCGUUUCUUUGAAAUCCAACAGAGCCUUGAGCAGAAUUUGUGAGGGUCUCAUUUGACUUCUUUUGUAUCACUUACACGAUGCUACUAACCUUUGUGGUUUGUAGGCUUGCCCAGGAGUAAAACCACUGCAGAAUUCAAGGAAGUACAUCUCUAUUUUAAUGCUUUCUACUGUUGCCUGUAUAGUCUCCAUUAAAGCCAAUCAAGAAUAGCAAUUUAGAGUGGUACAUAAAUGAAAGCAUGUUGUUUACCAGGACACUGUGGGUUUAUAUUGAUGUAACAUGUUGAUUUGGAACACUGGAAUUUCAUUUGUAUUUUUAUGUUCUUUUUUUAAAGGGCAGUUUCCAUGAUCAGCAAUCCCAGAAAAAAAAAAAUAAUUCCUUCAGUUCCAUAAAUUUUGUUUGUGAGCUGUCGUUGCCCCAUUCAUAAAUCUUGUCUCGUUACGGUUCUUCGGAAUGGUCUGAGCAACUUUCAGAGCUGUGUUCUUUGAAAGUUUAGAGGAACCUGAACUUUGGAUAUUGUCAUGUUUUCACUGUUCUUUGUUUUUGUUUUUUUAACUAAAGCUAUAUAAAGCUUGUGGAUUAAACAAAAUAAAUUUCUAAAUUUAAACAGA